GUUUGGUCUCUGGGUCAAUGCCCUUCUCUCUCCCUCGUUUUAUUUCAGUUUCUUCAAUUUCUUCCAUAUUGUUUUCAUCAAACAUCUUCACAGUCCCAGUUUACUCUGAAGUGUUUCUACCCCCGAGCAAAUUUCAUCUUCUUCUUCUGAUUUGUGUUUUCUUAUUACUGUGAUUUGGGUUCAAUCAGAUCUCGUCCUUGGUUGCUUCUGAUCCGAAGCUGAACCUCUCUACUUCGCGAGCUUUUGAGCAGCGUGGAGGGUUGUAUUCGAAUCUCUUGGUUUCCUUGGGACAGCCCGUUGAUCUGGAGUUGUUAUCUUACUUCUAAUUUCAACCCACUGGAGAUUUAAGCAAUAUUAUUUUUUCUCUGGUAGGUCUUAGCUCGCAAUGAAAUCACACGAUGCAGUUGAUUUAGAAGAUGGGAAGACGGGAAAAUCCGGAGAUAAGCCAAUGCAAAGAAAGAUACAUAAUCGGGCUUUGCUAUCUGGUUUAGCUUAUUGCAUUUCAUCAUGCAGCAUGAUUCUUGUGAACAAGUUUGUCCUUUCCAGCUACAACUUCAAUGCUGGGAUAUUUUUAAUGUUAUACCAGAACUUAGUCUCAGUGAUCAUUGUGGUGGCUUUGAGCUUAAUGGGUCUAAUAACAACAGAACCGCUGACCUUGAGAUUAAUGAAGGUCUGGUUUCCAGUGAACGUGAUAUUUGUUGGCAUGCUUAUCACAAGCAUGUUUAGUUUGAAAUACAUCAAUGUAGCAAUGGUCACUGUCCUGAAGAAUGUCACUAAUGUGAUAACUGCAGUUGGGGAGAUGUAUCUAUUCAACAAGCAACAUGACAACAGAGUGUGGGCUGCUCUCUUCUUAAUGUUAUACUGCUCCUAGAGGCCUUCAGUGAUGUGGCAUAGCCUAACCUUUCAAACUGUUGGAGAUAUAUGUUUUUUUACUGCUUCCACAAUUAG